AUGCGAGUUCUCACAACGGGCCUGAAGCAGCCGUUGGUAAAGGGCCAGCGCCUCAUCGUUACGCAUAUCGGCAGCGAAGAUGGAUUUGUCCCUGGGUGCCUGGACGUCUUCCGCGGCAAAAAAACCGGCGAGUACCACGAGGAAAUGGACGGCCCUCGGUUCGAAAAGUGGUUCGACGAUGUCCUCCAAAAACUGCCGACGGGGAGUGUCAUCGUAAUGGACAAUGCCCCGUACCAAUCCCGGCGGUUAGAGGCGGUGCCGACGACCAGUUCCCGGAAGGAGCUCAUCCAGGGCUGGCUCACGUCGAAAGGUAUUGCUUGGGACGCCAAGAUGCUGAAGAGGCAGCUCCUUGAAAUCGUGUCGUCGGUCAAGCCGCAGUACGUGAAGUACCGUGUGGACACUGCUGCAGAAAGGGUUGGUUGCACAGUGGUCAGGCUUCCAGCCUACCACUGUGAGUUCAACCCAAUUGAACUCAUCUGGGGACAGAUCAAGAAUCGUGUCGCAGCCCGAAACACAAUGUUCAAGAUUGGCGACGUUGAGAGACUCCUCAAAGAAGAAGCUGAGCAGGUCACGGCUAGUAACUGGUGCAACGCUGUGAGGCAUGUCGUCAAAGUGGAAGAAAGCUUCAAACAAGGAGGAACGACAAGUGCUCACAUCGAGCCAAUCGUCAUCGCUCUUAAUGAAGUGUCUACAGUUCCAAGCCCGGUGCACUGCAAGCCGGCCUGGGACUCGUUCACGUGCUGGCCCCCGGCUCAGGCCGGUGCGGUGCUGCGCAAGCCGUGCGCUGACAUCAUCGCGUCCCUGGACAUCUCGCUCGACGUGGGCGACAACGGCCUCGCCACAGGAUUCUAUGCCUAUCGAGUGUGCGGACUCGAGGGCGACUGGUUGUGGGGAAAUUGGACCAACUACACCGAGUGCUUGGGACUCAUCAACCACGAGCCUCAAGAAAUGUCAUCCGUGGUCUCUCUAGCGGUCAGCUACAUCCUCCUGCUCUUCUCGCUUCUCUCUCUCAUCUUCCUUUCUGCUACGAUGUUUAUUUUUUGCUACUUUCGGUCGCUGCAGUGUUCCCGAACCCGAGUUCACCAAAACCUGGUGCUUGCACUAAUGGUGCACGCCGUCAUGCUCGUCGUCCUCUCUCUGCCAGUGGUGGUGCAAUCGGACGCACCGACGCCAUUCGCGCAAAUACCUCCCCUCUGCAAGAGCAUCCUGUCCCUGAAGAUGUACGCGGCCAUGGCGUCCAUCAACUGGAUGUUCGUCGAAGGGCUGCUUCUCCACUCCAGGAUCACCAUCUGCAUCUUCCGGCAGGACGCCCCCUUCAAGCUCUACCACGCCAUCGGGUGGGGACUUCCUCUAGUGUUCAUCGUGGCGUGGGCGUACCUAAUGGAACAGCAGCUGCGCACGGCAUGUUGGGAAGGCUACGGGUCCAAUCCCUACGUCUGGCUGCUCAUUGGACCGAGGCUGGUUGCUCUCCUGGUGAACUUCGUGUUCCUGGUGAACAUAAUUCGGAUUCUGGUGACUCGGGUCAAGUCUGCCGUGUCCGUUGAGACAACCCAAUUUCGGAAAGCAAUCAAGGCGACGGUUCUACUCUUUCCACUGCUGGGCAUCACGCACCUGCUGUUUUGCAUCAACCCUAAAGACGAAGACAUGGGCCUCAAGGAGGCGUACAUGGUCAUCAACGCUAUCCUACAGUCCUCGCAGGGAAUAUUUGUGGCUGUGCUCUACUGCUUUAUGAACUCCGAGGUCCAAACGGCUGUGAGGAACGCAUACCUGCGAGCCGCCAUUCGUCGCAACCCCAACAAGGACCGUUCCUUCGUGAGGGGAAACUUCUCGCAGACGUCGACGGUGUUCCUGUCCCACUUCAACGGUUCCACGGUCGAGAACAGCGCCCCCUCGCGGCUGGGCACCAAGAUCGUCCGACAACUCCCCAAACGGGCGACGUCUGGCCCUCAGAGGAUACCGAGGAACACGGCGGCGGUGGCCGCAGUCUAG